AUGUCGUUCAACAUGGCCCACGACCGCGAUGUCCUCAACGGCAUGACGUACUACGAAGUGCUCAAGCUGGCCAAGACGCACCACGUGCAGAGCACCAAGUACCGCAUGAGCAAGGCUUACAUGAUCAACGCGCUCUUGGGCAUGGACCCCAAGAGCAACGUCGACUACCUCGACUGCGAAGACAAGAUUGCGGCGGCGCACGACUUUCGCCAAGUGCAGGACGAGGUCGAAGAGUACAUCUUCCAGCACGACCUCGGGUCGACGGACGUGCUGUUGAUCUCGUGGAACGAGGCGUCGAUCAGUCACAUUGCGCAGGCGCUCAAGGUGAUGACCAACGCGGUGCCGCACUGGUCCAGCAUGAAGAGCAUGGAGGCGAUGACGCACGAGCAGCUGCUCGACGAGCUCAUGGCGUACCUCUGCUUUGGCAUCGAGCGCGUCGGCCGCGUCAUGGUGAUGCCCGAGACGCCCAUGGAGUGGCUGCUCUUGGGGCAGCGCCUGCGCGACAUCUCGUACGACCGCUUCAUGCAGGACUUUGCGCGCUUCCCCAACGUCUUUCCGCUGGCCACGUUUACGCAGGUGCGCGCGUCGCACUACACGACGCUCCCGAUGCUUCCGAUGCCUCACGGCAUGAAGAGCUUGUUUGAAUGAGUUGGUGACGCCCCGUGCACGAUGCCUGUGUACUGCAACGAGUAACCCUAAUCCAUG